AUGGCAGCGCGCGGUGUUGGGGGGGGGGGGGGGCGCGAUGGCGGCGCGCGCCGCGCUGUGCCUGGCCGGGGCCGCGCUCUCGCUGUACGCGCUGCACGUGGAGCGGGCGCACGCGCGCGACCCCUCGUACCGCCCCGCGUGCGACCUGGGGCCCGCCGCCUCCUGCACGCGCGUCUUCGGCUCCCGGUGGGGCCGCGGGCUGGGGCUGGUGGAGCCGCUGCUGGGCCGCGACAGCGCCGCCAACGUCCCCAACGGCGCCAUCGGGGUCCUCUUCUACCUGCUGCAGGGGCUGCUGGGAGCAGUGCCGGGGCGGGGAGCGGCGGCGGUGCUGCUGGGGACGUCGGUGGCCUCGGCGGUGGCCUCGCUGUGGCUGGCGGGGGUGCUGCUCUUCGGCCUGCAGGACUUGUGCCUCGUCUGCAUCACCACGUACCUCCUCAACGGCGGCCUCCUCGCCCUCAACUGGCGCUGCUGGCGGCGGCUCCGCCACCUGAAAAGUGCCUGAAACGCACCCAAAAAAUGUUGGGUGGGGGCACAGGGACACCCCGGCGGCUGGGGGUGCUCCUCCUUCCCCCCCAAACAUGGCAGUUGUGAGCGAGGGA